UGAGCCUACGCUGCAUUACAUAGUUGAAUCGCGUGCCGCAAGAUGGCGCCACCAGUCAUACUUGCUCCGCGCCAGCUGCUGCAUUAGCCGCAUCCCAGCCAGCCGCCGUCCGCAAACAAAACUCGCUGCCGAAGUUUGUUCGGUUGCUGUUGCUUUUUUUUCCCCGUUCUUGGCUGCUUGUCGGACUUGGCGUGCGUGUUUGUGUGUGUGCUUCGGGGGUCUCGUCGGAAUGUGUGCGGCGGCGCCGAUUCAGGGAAACGCUUCGCUAUAACGGCCGUCCUGCUUAGGUCAUGCUUCUAAGGGACUGCCCAUCGUAUCUUCAGGAUGUGUGAUCGUGUGUCCGCUGUGCCGAUGUGACGGAUCGGCAAGCGCAAAGUGCCCCGUGCGCCACAGGAGCGUCGUCGCCUUGUGUGUGUGUGCCCCUGGAGUUCUGGGGGGGGUUACCCCCGUCCCGUCUGGAUCCGUCAUGGCUAAUCCACCGACGAGACGGCACGGAUCUAUGAAGAUCAGACUGACAGUGCUGUGUGCCAAGAACCUGUGCAAGAAAGACUUCUUCCGUCUUCCCGACCCAUUCUGCAAGAUCAGCGUAGAUGGUUCGGGCCAGUGCCAUUCGACGGAUGCCUGUAAAAAUACUCUCGAUCCCAAGUGGAAUCAGCAUUAUGACCUGUACCUGAGCCGAUCGGACUCCAUCACAAUCAGCGUGUGGAACCACAAAAAGGUCCAAAAGAAGCAGGGGGCCGGCUUUCUCGGAUGUGUGCGCAUCAUGGCCAAUGCCAUACAGCAGCUCAAGGACACUGGCUACCAGCGGCUAGACCUGAUGAGGAAUACGCCGGGGGAGGAGGGUGGGGACCUUGUUCGAGGCCAAAUCGUCAUCAGCCUACUCUCCCGGGAUGGGCACGGCCUCGGAAGCCAGAACGUCGUGGUCGACAACAACCUGAGCGCCCUUGCUUGUCACGAAGACCUGCCUGAAGGGUGGGAGCAGCGACGAACGGCCACUGGCCGCCUCUACUACGUCAACCACUGGAGCCGCUCCACGCAGUGGGAGAAACCGCUCAGGCCUGCAUACGAAAUGGUGAACAUGGUUGCCCCCCUGUCUAACCGGAACAGCAUGCAUGUCGGCAGCAUCAGCGCUGGCAGCGCAGCCAACUCUCGGGCUCAGCGCCGGUCUCUGCCUCCGCCUGCAUCGUCCACGGCCAAUGAUGAAGCGCAGCCACCUCCUCCUCCUCCGCCUCCACCUCCUCCGCAGGAUGAGCGCAAUGGAGCACCACCAUCACCGUCUCCGCCACCUGCGAGUUCUCCACAGGCGGACACACCGCAGUCCAACGCUCGGCGGCGGUCGACGCGGCAUCGUAACUACCUGGCCCGCAACCAGCUUCACAGGGCAGCUGACCUUCCUGAGGGAUAUGAGGUGCGGACGACACAGCAGGGCCAGGUCUACUUCUACCACGUGGCAACAGGGGUCAGCACAUGGCACGACCCCAGGGUGCCUCGCGACUUCCCCUCUGGCGACCUUGAAGCCCUGGGACCCCUGCCUCGGGGCUGGGAGAUUCGUUCGACUCCCACGGGACGGCUGUACUACGUGGACCACAACAAUCGCACCACACAGUUUACCGACCCUCGCCUCCCUCUGCUGGGACUCACGCCAGCUGCCAGGAGAGCACUGCCCAUGUCCCAAAUGCCAUCGGCACAGGGACAUCAGAUGUCUCCUGCCCAUGCUUCACCAGCGCCUUCUGCUCCGACCUCGAACAUGACCUCCGGAUCUUCGAGCCUUACAUCGUCGAGCACGGCGGCUCAGCCCAGCGUGGCUCCAUCCAGCACUUCCCGAGAGGCACCACCUCCGCCAGCAGGCCCGCCUGGUGGACAGCGUAGCCCACCGGGUCCGCCCAACCCAUUAACAACGAACGCCAACCCUCCCGGCGGGAGCGUCCAGCCACACGUCAACAACGCUCCCUCGCAGCCGACUAACCCGUCGUCGCUGCCGCCCCCUCAGAGCCCCAUGUCACCCAUCAAUGUAAACGGCUUGCCACCUGUUGUGCCUUCAAUGACGGCGACCAACAACCACCGGAACAGCUUCUUCGGUGGCGGCGGGGUGCCUUACCUGGCGAACAACAGUCCCGCACCGACGGUCACGAGUCCCACGUCAUCGUCGGCGCUCAUCAUGGAGCGCUCGUCGUCGCCCGAGCUGUCGUGCCUGCCCAAGUACAAGCGGGACCUGGUGCAGAAGCUGACGGCUCUGCGGCAGGAGCUGCAGACGGUGCAGCCCCAGUCGGGCCACUGCCGCCUGGAGGUCUCUCGGGAGGACAUUUUCGAGGAGUCGUAUCGGCUCAUCAUGAAGAUGCGUCCCAAGGACCUCAAAAAGCGGCUCAUGGUCAAGUUCCGUGGCGAGGAAGGCCUCGACUACGGGGGCGUGGCCAGGGAGUGGCUGUACCUUCUGUCGCACGAGAUGCUGAACCCGUACUAUGGCCUGUUCCAGUACACACGCGACGACAUCUACACCCUCCAGAUCAACCCGGACUCCUCGGUGAAUCCGGAACACCUGUCGUACUUCCAUUUCGUGGGACGCGUCAUUGGGUUGGCUGUGUUCCAUGGCCACUACAUAGACGGCGGCUUUACGCUGCCUUUCUACAAGAUGCUCUUGGGGAAGCCCAUCCACCUGGACGACAUCGAGGUCGUUGACCCGGACCUGCACCGAAGCCUGACCUGGAUGCUGAACAAUGACAUCGGGGACAUCAUAGACACAACCUUCUCCGUGGAGCACAAUGCCUUCGGACAGCUCCAGGUUCACGAACUCAAGCCCAACGGCAAGGACCUGCCCGUCACGGACGACAACAAGAAGGAAUACGUCAGGUUGUUCGUCAACUACCGGUUCAUGCGAGGAAUCGAGCAGCAGUUCCUGGCUCUACAGAAGGGCUUCAGUGAACUCAUUCAUCCGAACCUGUUGAAGUCCUUUGACGAGAAAGAACUAGAGCUGGUGAUUGGCGGGCUGGGCAAGAUCGACCUGGAGGACUGGAAGGCCAACACGCGGCUCAAGCACUGCACGGCCGACAGCAAUGUGGUCAAGUGGUUCUGGCGAACCGUCGAGUCGUACAGCGAGGAACGGCGAGCCCGGCUCCUCCAAUUCGUGACGGGCAGCUCGCGGGUUCCCCUCCAAGGCUUCAAGGCUCUCCAGGGUUCCACGGGAGCGGCAGGCCCCAGGUUGUUCACGAUACACAUGAUCGAUGCCAACACGGACAACUUGCCAAAGGCACACACAUGCUUCAACCGGAUUGACCUGCCUCCGUACGAAACACAAGAAAAGCUCAGCGAGAAACUGACCCAGGCCAUUGAGGAGACUUGUGGGUUCGCUGUGGAGUGACUUUCGUUUUAUAGCUUUCAAAUACGCUGCGUCAUCACCCAAGUCGUCAGUGAGGACACAGUGAACGGUGGCACUUCUGACGGUGCGUCACAUCACCCCGCAGUUCAGUGCGUCAUGCGUUCUCAAGAGUUGUGUUGCACCACCUCGUGGUCGGGAGAGGCCCGGCGACACGAAGCAGCCACUGUCUCGGCUGAGGCAUCCCAGCAUGUUCGGAUGUGCCGCGAAACCACUGGCGAUUGCUUACUGGUGUGUGUGGUGUGUGUGGUGUGAAAGUUUAGCUGAGCAACUGUACGGGUCUUCGUUCGUCUUUUUUUUUAAAUCUUGCAUAGCUUUCUGGCUGCUCAUGUUGUCGUGGCAAUUGAACGAACACAUAUAUACAUAUACUCACACGAGGGAGAGAAAGAGAGAGGAUUGUCACGUGUGAUAAGAAGCUAGAUUAGCUUUGCCGAAUGACGCAACAAAACGCAGCUGUCUCUUCCCAACGUUUUCUUCCUUUUCUAUUUUUUCAUACUGCCACUGCCAUUACAACGACAGAACAACGAGUACAGUUUUCCUCGUGCUCGUUCUUCUUCUUUCUUGUUUUCUUUCAAGCGUUGGCCUGCCUGUGUUGCGUUCUUCAUUCAAAUUUUGCAUUGUACAAAGUCUUCUGUUCGCACCAGUGCCUCGCUUUGCAGCAAAAAGGUGUUCCGCGGAGGAUCAUCGCAGUUGCUCAUUUCCGAGCUUCGUCCCCCGCUCUAUGCAAGAACUUGACCCUUGUUAAGGUUUUCGGCAUCCUCGUGGUUUUUCGGAUUGUUGUUCCAAGUUGACGCUGAGCAUGGAGCUCCUAGAAGAUACUAUCUCAUUUCUGUACAUAGUCACAACUCCUCUCUCGACGAACACUUUGUCACAUAUUUUGCUGCGCUUAUUAUUAUUUUUUUUUUUUACCCUGGACGUACCAUCUAGUUAUGAAGCAACUGGUAUUGUUUACUCAUCGCCUUACUUCUAUUUCUCGCAAGUAUUUUGUUGUGCUUUGCUGCUGAAAGCUUCAGUCACUGUUGCCUUUCAUUGAGAAAAAAAAAUUGUAUGUACUAUAUAUAUAUAUUGUUCUUUCGUGUUUCUUCUUUUUUUUUUUUUUUGUUUAAGCAGCAUGUGAUGAGAAACUAGGUCUCGCCAAUCAAUUUCUGUAGAGUGCUGUGGGAAUGCUUGUUUAGAUAAUCUCAUCGUAAAUAGGAACUGCUUUUUGACCCCCAACAAUGGGAAUGUUUUACUGGUUGGGACAUGGCAGAAAAAGUGAAAGUGCUCUGGGAAUGAAUUGCAUGCAGCCAUGAGUAGUCAUUGUAGUCUUGAUGAACCACAUGGGGAUAUAAUUUUUUUUUUUAGUUGCAGUAGUUAUCACAGUGCACAUUGGUAACCGAAAGAAACAAACAUUUGCUGUGAUAGCCCUGAAAACGACGAGACUGCUUUUAAGCGUUUACCAACAAAUGCCGACACAAGAAAGCGAUUACUAUAUUUUGCUUAACUUUGUUUGUCGUAUGCUGUGAAAAGUGUGCUUGUAACUUUUCUUGCUUAUAAUUAUUUUUCUGUGUGUGCUUGUUUGACGAAAGGUGUGUGGUCAUGCUUUGUAACUUGGCACCUUAUUUAAUGGAAGGCUUCUAUAUGGGCUGUUCCACGUAACUUUAGCCAAACGUUUAAAAUAUGCAAAUGCAACGUAGCUGGACAGAACCAAGGUAAUGUUACUUGCCUUCACGGGGAGAUGCUGCAAUUAUUUUUGCAUUCUGCCUAAUGACGUAAUUAUACUUAAUAAUUAAUCAACUUCUCAAAUAUUAUAAUUGGAUUAAAAGUGUCAAGGAGAAAAUGGUAGAGCAACAGGGAAAACUCCUGAUACAGCUUUCUGUUGAAUACGUGCUACAUAAAAGCGUUUUUCUAAGCAUGAAAGAAGCCAGCGAACACACACUAAGUGCCCCAAGCGGCCAGUCGCAUGGCAAUUUUGCGUGUAUUUGUGGGCUUCUUUCAAGCUCUGAAAAACACUUCUUUAGCAUCUAUACAGAAAGCUGUAUCGGGAGUUUCUCAUGUUGCUAUACAAUUUUUUUCAUUGACACUUUUCAUCUGAUUAUAACAUUUGAGAAGUUGAUUAACUAAUUAUUAAUAAUUAUGUAAAUAGGCAGAAUGCAAAAAAUAAUUGCAAUGUCGCCAUGCAAUGACAAACAACAUUACCUUGGUUCUGUCCAGCUACACGACAUUUGCAUAUUCUUAAGGUUUGGCUGAAGUUAUGCAGGAUACUCUGUAUAUUUUUUUUCCUCAACUGUGUGCUUUAUUUUACCAUUUUCUUACCCACUGUGUGUUUAUUUCUUUUUACUAUAGCGCAUUAUUAUGAUUAUUAUUAUUAUUAUUAUUAUGACUUAUUUUUCUGUUGCUUUGGCACCACCCUGUAUGGUUAAGCAAAGCAGACGUUGAACUGCACCACUUGUCUGUUUUUUGGCAACCAGCUGCAGCAACUAGUCCGAUGUGCCUCCGCCCCCAUUUAACCAUAUUUUUUUGUUAUUUCGUUCACGGACAGACGGCAUGAUCAUUUGCUUAGCUAAGCAUCCACUGCUUCUUACUCAGCCAUUUUACAUUCAAUCGUGUAGAAAACUGGCACGUUCUCACACGUGACCUCCAUGUGAUGGUCAUAUGUUCCCAUGCGUGACUGUCACACGUCUGCACAUAUGAUCCCCAUGUGACAGCCACAUUUGCAAGUGACUCCCAUGUGGCAUUUACGUGUUUGCACAUGUGGCUGCCAUGUGACGGUCACUGAGAGUCACAUGUCUACACGAGUUCCACGAGACAAUCACAUGUUUGUGGAUGACUCCCAUGUGACAGUCACAUGUUUGCACGUGACUCCCACGUGAUGGUUACAUGUUUGCACAUAUGAAUGUGAUGUGAUGGUCACUGAAGUUCAUGUACUUGCAUAUGACUCCCGUGUGACCGUCACAUGUUGGCACAUACUACUCCCAUGUGGUGGUCGCACAACUCCGGUGUGGCAGUCACAUUUGCACCAGUGACUCCCAUGUGACAGUCACAGACCUUCCCUUGAGCUGUGUUUGUGUGUGCACUCAACCGGAAGUUUGUCUCAUAGCAAACGACCACCUGUCAAAGAUCUCACAUGGUGCCCAUGAACUUACACUCAGUCUAGCCAGCUCCGUGCGAUGAAGCAACAGCUACAGGUCGUGUCAGCCAAUCGGAACAAAGAACCAGGAGAAGGGUUCACUCCUUUAUCGUUCACCUCUAUCUAGUUGGCCUCUGUGCGACACCAACUGAAUAGACCCGUCACAGAAGGUUUAUUAGCACACAGCAGGCGAGCACUCUACAAGCAGCUGGUAUUCAUUGCUGAUUGGCUAACGCAACCCUUGUCUUCACUCCACUGCACGGAGAUGACAAGACUGAAUAUAGUACCAUUGGAUGCACCUGAAUGGACUCUUCAAAGGAAGUGUUGCUCCAUUCGUGUGUGUGUUCCUUCAUCACUUGUUCUACUUGAGCAGGCAUGUACAGUACACUUGCAGUGAUUCAAACAUCAAUCAUUCUAAAUUUUAGUUAACUCGUAGGAAUAUGAGGAAUAUGGUUGGUGGGCUGCAUUAUCAAUGUGAUUCAAAGCCACUUAAUUUAAAAAAAUUUUAAUUGCAUUUAACAUUUUAGGAUUAGGCCUGGUUAAGAAAAGAAUUGCAACUGACUUUGCACAGUGGAAAAUUGAAGAUCAUGAAAGUACAUGAGCACCCUUGUCUCUAAACUGUGCUGCGUGUCCUUUAUGACUAAAUGUGCUGGAGGGUUACUGUUACUUGAUCAUUGACAUUGCAGAGGCUAAAAUUUAAAGGCUUGGAGGCUUGACCUAACAAUACUUAUUCAUUCUGAAGCAAGGGUUUAGACCAGCAAAUGUUUGAAGGCUUUGAAUGGUUUAGACACCAUUCUUGACUCGCAUAUUUGUUUUCAUCAUAAGAUUGAGCUUUGCUGUCAAAGUUUCACGCCCACAAAGACUUCCCACACUUAGCACCACCUGGUGAUGCAAGAUCUUAUAAAAGCUACCAUGACUGCAUGUUUGCUUGCGUGCUAGAACCGUAACGAGAGUGCUUUGUCUCCCGUCAUUAAUGCUCCUCCGUUGACAGUUUCGUCGCCAGAGCGCAAAGUCAUUUCACAUUCCAAGCAAACGAAUGGCAGGAAGUUUGCACCCUGCCAAGUUUUAAAAAGAAAGGAAUGAAUAAAGAAGCGCUGGGUACAUUGCGAGCUGUGUGAGGCACUCCAAUUGUGCUUCAAACCUGUGGCUUGCAAUGUUGCACCCACAGCUUGUGGUGGAGUCCGUCACCGAGUUCUUUUCCAGACGUCUGUGCAGAGUCGGUGAACGUAUAUUCUAGGUUGUCGUGGUGGAACAACCGUGUUUGACGACCGAUGCCUCCAUUUUUCUUUUUGCGUAGAAUCUUUUCCAUAUCUUCUGACACUGCCAUUAGAUGGCCCAGGCUGCUCGGUGUACUUAUCGAAUACCUGACGUAGUAGUUUGCGCAGCCGGCAACCACAUAGUAUCUCCCGUGCGUCUUACACACGCUUGUACAAGUCUUUUUGAAGCACUACUGUCAUGCAACCCCGCCAUGUUUGAGAGGGGCACAAAUUAGUUGUUAUAGCUUCUGGCGUUCUUGAAGCUGUGAGAAGCUUCUGGUCGAAAGUAUGUAUAGCCCAUUGUUGGAGUGCUUCACGUGACCCCUCCCCCCUCCCCCACCUCUUUUGUUCGAAAUUUCGAGUUAAAAAGCCUCGAUGCUCUGCUGCCUGUCUGCUGAUGUUGCACAAAAGCACAGAGCACAUGUAUGAAUGUGUUUAUAGAGUUGUCUGUAUGGCUUUUAGAUUCUGUACAAAGCUAGAGAGGAAACCUUGUUAAAGUACCGUUUUGUGGCACUUCUGGCCUCAAAGUGUCAAAAUGCCAAUGUAGUUGAAAGUACCGCGCAGCAUUGGGCGCUUGCUUUCUUCAUCGGCUGUAUGGUCCAUAUGCAACCAUCCUUCAAGUUUGUGUCAGUAAGCUAGUUGUGUGCUUGAUUUUUCUACUCAAUUGAUGAUAGUCACGCUUGGUUUGGGUUUGUGCCUUUGUGUGUGGAUACCGUUCUGCUUCCCUGUGUUCUGGUCAUACGGAAUGUGCCGUCGACAGGGCAGCCCUGUUUAGAUGGUGCUCCUCGCUAAACUGGUCUGCACUCGCAUUUUGCAUGGAGGUGGCAUUUUGUGGCGCAAGUUAUGUUCUAUGCCAGGCUCGCAUGCAGAGUCUCCUGAAGGAAUGGUGGACAAAAAUAUUUGGCUUCUCCUUCGUAGAAGAAACAGCACCACCUCCUAUUGCCAGGAGGGUUGCCAACUUCAUGUUCCAUCUCCAUGGCGGGUGUUUCGACUUUCUUAGGAUAGAUGGCACUACUGUCCCUUUCAACGAGAUGACUCAGAUGACGCAAACUUCUGGCUUGUUCUGGUUGAACCAGACGAGUAUUCCAUUCCAAGCAUAGUAGUAAACAAGACGUACCACUGAAUGCCAACGCUGUUCAAAAUAUGAUGGCAAAUGAACCAGUGGCUGAGACAGCAGAGCCAUUUAAGCAGGCCUCUCUUUCCGACUGAACACACAGUAUGCGCCUCUUAUCAGCACAACCCCUAGACAUGAGCAGUGCCGAUACCUUGCAGCUUUUUGUUUUAUGUAGUGGUUACGAAAAAGUAAGAACUUUUCUUUUGUACAAGAGCAUUUUCCCAUUCCGUCUGUAAGUAGAUUAAGGAAUCCGAAACAAUGUGUGAUCUUCCACUGCCACUAAAAACAAAAGUAGAUGAGUUGCAGCUUUGGAAAGCCCGCGACGUUACACCACUGCAGUUGCACCAUGGCUUGUGCCUUGUGACUCUUUUGUGUUUAGGAGCCGAGACGAGUUUUAUGUGGCGUGAAUGUUAGUGUUGAGUGCUUUAAAGGCACAUUUUUGGCAUGCUCUUCCACACAGUGUGUCAUCUGUCUGUGUCAGCACAUUGCUUUUCAUGUAUAAAACCUGUCUACCUAUAUUGACCUGGGUUUGCGCCUCGAUGUCCUCUUCGCCCGAGAGUCCCGACAACUUUAGACUAUGAUUCCUUGAAAUACUUCCAUUGUUUCCUACGAUGUGUACGGCAAGAAGGAUGUGCGAACACCAUGCAAAAUAAAGUUGUACCAUAAAGAAUAA